CGUGAAUUCAGCUGGGGGUGUGGAAGAGCCAAGAUGGAGCCGGCAGCCGGCGGCCCGGGGCCGCUGAUUAUGAACAACAAGCAGCCUCAGCCACCGCCACCUCCGCCGCCCGCAACCGCGCAGCCGCCACCCGGGGCACCGCGGGCCGGCGGGGGUCUCCUGCCCGGGGGCAAAGCCCGAGAGUUCAACCGCAACCAGCGCAAAGACUCGGAGGGCUGUUCCGAGUCCCCAGACCUGGAGUUUGAGUACGCCGACACGGACAAGUGGGCCGCAGAGCUCUCAGAGCUUUACAGCUACACGGAAGGGCCAGAGUUCCUGAUGAACCGGAAAUGCUUUGAGGAGGACUUCCGGAUCCAUGUGACAGACAAGAAGUGGACCGAGCUGGACACCAACCAGCAUCGCACCCAUGCCAUGAGGCUCCUGGACGGCCUGGAAGUCACGGCCAGGGAGAAGAGACUCAAGGUGGCUCGGGCAAUUCUCUAUGUGGCCCAAGGCACCUUCGGGGAGUGCGGUUCUGAGGCAGAAGUGCAGACCUGGAUGCGCUACAACAUCUUUCUGCUCCUGGAGGUGGGCACGUUCCAUGCUUUGGUGGAGCUUCUGAAUAUGGAAAUAGACAACAGCGCCGCGUGCAGCAGUGCGGUGAGGAAGCCGGCCAUCUCCCUGGCCGACAGCACAGACCUGAGGGUCCUGCUCAACAUCAUGUACCUGAUUGUGGAAACUGUUCACCAGGAGUGUGAGGGGGACAAAGCCGAGUGGAAGACGAUGCGACAGACCUUCCGGGCGGAGCUGGGUUCCCCGCUGUACAACAACGAGCCGUUCGCCAUCAUGCUCUUUGGGAUGGUCACCAAGUUUUGCAGUGGCCAUGCCCCUCACUUCCCCAUGAAGAAGGUUCUCUUGCUGCUCUGGAAGACGGUGUUGUGCACACUGGGCGGCUUUGAGGAGCUGCAGAGCAUGAAGGCUGAGAAGCGCACCCUCCUGGGCCUCCCCCCGCUGCCUGAGGACAGCAUCAAAGUGAUCCGCAGCAUGCGGGCCGCCUCUCCUCCAGCGUCUGCCUCCGACCUCAUCGAGCAGCAGCAGAAGCGGGGCCGGCGGGAGCACAAGGCUCUGAUAAAGCAAGACAACCUGGAUGCCUUCAAUGAGCGGGAUCCCUACAAGGCUGACGACUCCCGGGAGGAGGAAGAGGAGAACGAUGAUGACAGCAGUCUGGAGGGGGAGGCGUUCCCCCUCGAGCGGGACGAGGUGAUGCCCCCCCCGCUGCAGCACCCCCAGACCGACCGGCUCACCUGCCCGAAGGGGCUGCCGUGGGCGCCCAAGGUCAGGGAGAAGGACAUCGAGGUGUUCCUCGAGUGCAGCCGCAGCAAGUUCAUCGGCUACACCCUGGGCAGCGACACGAACACAGUGGUGGGGCUGCCCAGGCCAAUCCACGAGAGCAUCAAGACUCUGAAACAGCACAAGUACACGUCGAUCGCGGAGGUCCAGGCGCAGAUGGAGGAGGAGUACCUUCGCUCUCCUCUCUCGGGGGGGGAAGAGGAAGUUGAGCAAGUCCCUGCAGAAACCCUGUACCAGGGCCUGCUCCCCAGCCUGCCGCAGUACAUGAUCGCACUGCUGAAGAUCCUGCUGGCCGCAGCCCCCACCUCGAAGGCCAAGACAGACUCGAUCAACAUCCUGGCAGAUGUCCUGCCCGAGGAGAUGCCCACCACAGUGCUGCAGAGCAUGAAGCUGGGCGUGGACGUGAACCGCCACAAAGAGGUCAUCGUGAAGGCCAUUUCCGCUGUCCUGCUGCUGCUGCUGAAGCACUUUAAGUUGAACCACGUCUACCAGUUUGAGUACAUGGCCCAGCACCUGGUGUUCGCCAACUGCAUCCCUUUGAUUCUAAAGUUCUUCAAUCAAAACAUCAUGUCCUACAUCACUGCCAAGAACAGCAUUUCUGUUCUGGAUUACCCCCACUGCGUGGUGCACGAGCUGCCGGAGCUGACCGCUGAGAGCCUGGAGGCCGGUGACAAUAACCAGUUUUGCUGGAGGAACCUCUUUUCUUGUAUCAAUCUCCUUCGGAUCUUGAACAAGCUGACCAAAUGGAAGCAUUCAAGGACGAUGAUGCUGGUGGUGUUCAAGUCGGCCCCCAUCCUGAAGCGGGCGCUGAAGGUGAAGCAGGCCAUGAUGCAACUCUACGUGCUGAAGCUGCUCAAGGUGCAGACCAAGUACCUGGGGCGGCAGUGGCGCAAGAGCAACAUGAAGACCAUGUCCGCCAUCUACCAGAAGGUGCGGCACCGGCUGAACGACGACUGGGCCUACGGCAACGAUCUGGAUGCCCGGCCUUGGGACUUCCAGGCAGAGGAGUGUGCCCUCCGUGCCAACAUCGAACGCUUCAACGCCCGGCGCUACGAUCGGGCACACAGCAACCCCGAAUUCCUGCCUGUGGACAACUGCCUGCAGAGUGUCCUGGGCCAGCGGGUGGACCUCCCUGAGGACUUCCAGAUGAACUAUGACCUCUGGUUAGAAAGGGAGGUCUUCUCCAAGCCCAUUUCCUGGGAAGAGCUGCUGCAGUGAGGCUCCUGGUCGGGACUGAAGAGGAGAGGGGUGCUGUGCAGGGGCUCCAGGGCCUGGCCUGGGUCACCGCAGUGUGCCCAUCCGCCUCCAGGUGGCAGCACAGCCCCGCCGUGCCCUUCCAGGCAGCGCGGGCUCGGCUCGGCCUCUGGUGAAGCCCAGCGUCCUGCCUGGGAUAGUCUCUGCCUGGCAUCUCCCUCUUCACUCCUGCCCUCCCUCCCUCCUCUCUUGGACAUGGUUGGUUCCAGCUCAUUUCUCAUUCUGCCCAAGGCUGGGAAAAGCUGGGAUGGGCUAGGAGAGCCCAUUACAUCGAAUUUCGGGGGUCACGCUGACCCUUCUUGAGACAGGCAGCUCCGUGGCAGGCCAGCUUGCCAAGGAGAAGGGCUUCGGAUCAGGGCGGGAAGCAGAGUCCCAGGGUUGCGGAGGGGGUUCGUGAUGUUCCGGCCCCUGCUGCGUGUCGCCCGGAGGCAGCGCAGGGGCCCUGCAGCUCCCCCCAGGCACCUUGGUCUGGACGGGGCUGGGGUGGGAAGAGGCGCUCCCUUAACCAGAGGCACCAUGUCUCUUCCUGGUUUGCUGGCGUCUGUAAAUACCUGUGUAUAAAUCUGCGCAUUCUCUUGUGUCACGUUGGGGUUUUUAAUGUGUCUGUGUAUUCUGUUUACAUUAAAA